ACGCGGCGACGCCGGGGGCGGGGCGGCCUCGAGGUCGGUUACGCCGAGGGAAGCCCGGAGUCGGCAGUCGCAGCCCCGCUCGCAGCUCCUCGCUCCGUGGCUCCUCGCCGGCCGGUCUCCGUCGCCCCCAGUCCGCGGCUCGCCGCCCCGCUCGCAGCCACCAUGCCGGUGUUCCACACGCGCACGAUCGAGAGCAUCCUGGAGCCGGUGGCGCAGCAGAUCUCGCACCUGGUCAUCAUGCACGAGGAGGGCGAGGUGGACGGCAAAGCCAUCCCGGACCUCACCGCGCCCGUGGCCGCCGUGCAGGCGGCCGUCAGCAACCUCGUCCGGGUUGGAAAGGAGACUGUUCAGACAACCGAGGAUCAAAUUUUAAAGAGAGAUAUGCCGCCAGCAUUUAUUAAGGUUGAAAAUGCUUGCACCAAGCUUGUCCAGGCAGCCCAGAUGCUUCAGGCAGAUCCUUACUCUGUGCCAGCACGAGAUUAUCUGAUUGAUGGGUCAAGGGGUAUACUUUCUGGGACAUCUGACUUGCUCCUAACCUUUGAUGAGGCUGAGGUUCGCAAAAUUAUCCGUGUGUGCAAAGGCAUUUUGGAGUAUCUCACAGUGGCAGAAGUUGUCGAGACAAUGGAGGAUCUGGUCACUUACACUAAGAAUUUGGGACCAGGAAUGACAAAAAUGGCCAAAAUGAUUGAUGAAAGACAACAGGAAUUGACCCACCAGGAACACAGAGUGAUGUUGGUGAAUUCAAUGAACACUGUGAAAGAGUUAUUGCCAGUCCUCAUUUCAGCUAUGAAGAUUUUUGUAACUACUAAAAAUUCAAAGAACCAAGGUAUUGAAGAAGCUUUGAAAAACCGCAACUUUACAGUGGAAAAGAUGAGUGCAGAGAUUAAUGAGAUCAUCCGAGUAUUACAGCUUACUUCCUGGGAUGAAGAUGCUUGGGCUAGCAAGGACACUGAGGCGAUGAAGAGAGCCUUGGCCUCCAUCGAUUCUAAACUGAAUCAGGCUAAAGGCUGGCUCCGGGAUCCCACUGCCGCGCCAGGUGAUGCUGGAGAGCAAGCAAUCAGGCAGAUCUUGGAUGAAGCUGGCAAAGUUGGUGAACUCUGUGCAGGGAAAGAACGCAGGGAGAUCUUGGGAACCUGCAAAAUGUUAGGGCAGAUGACCGACCAGGUGGCUGAACAUCGAGCCAGGGGACAAGGAGCCGCACCCGUGGCCAUGCAGAAAGCCCAGCAGGUGGCCCAGGGCCUGGACAUGCUCACGGCAAAGGUGGAGAAUGCAGCGCGCAAACUGGAGGCCAUGACAAAUUCAAAACAAAGCAUCGCCAAGAAGAUUGAUGCUGCCCAGAAUUGGCUUGCAGAUCCAAAUGGGGGCCCUGAAGGAGAAGAACAGAUUCGAGGUGCUUUGACUGAAGCUCGGAAAAUUGCAGAAUUAUGUGAUGAUCCUAAGGAAAGAGAUGACAUUUUGCGUUCUCUUGGAGAAAUCUCUGCUCUGACUUCGAAGUUGUCAGAUCUACGGAGACAGGGGAAAGGAGACUCUCCUGAGGCUCGGGCUUUGGCUAAGCAAAUUGCUACGGCCCUGCAGAACCUGCAGACCAAAACCAACAGGGCUGUGGCCAAUAGUAGACCUGCCAAAGCAGCUGUCCAUCUGGAAGGCAAGAUUGAGCAAGCUCAGAGGUGGAUUGAUAACCCCACCGUGGACGAUAGGGGUGUAGGUCAGGCUGCGAUCCGGGGACUUGUGGCCGAAGGUCAUCGUCUUGCUAAUGUUAUGAUGGGGCCUUAUCGCCAAGAUCUUCUUGCAAAAUGUGACCGAGUUGACCAGCUAACAGCCCAGCUGGCAGACCUGGCUGCUAGAGGGGAAGGGGAGAGUCCUCAGGCAAGGGCUCUUGCUUCCCAGCUACAGGAUUCCUUAAAGGAUCUGAAAACAAAGAUGCAAGAGGCCAUGACCCAGGAAGUGUCGGAUGUUUUUAGUGAUACCACAACACCCAUCAAGCUGCUGGCAGUGGCGGCCACUGCACCCCCAGAUGCGCCAAACAGGGAUGAGGUGUUUGAUGAAAGGGCAGCUAAUUUUGAAAACCAUUCUGGAAGGCUGGGAGCGACUGCAGAGAAGGCAGCAGCUGUUGGGACGGCUAAUAAAUCAACUGUGGAGGGCAUUCAAGCAUCGGUGAAGACAGCGAGGGAACUCACACCCCAGGUCGUCUCGGCUGCUCGCAUCUUACUGAGAAAUCCUGGGAAUCAAGCUGCUUAUGAACAUUUUGAAACCAUGAAGAACCAGUGGAUUGAUAAUGUCGAAAAAAUGACAGGGCUGGUGGAUGAAGCCAUAGAUACCAAAUCUCUGCUGGAUGCUUCUGAGGAAGCGAUUAAGAAAGACCUUGACAAGUGUAAAGUAGCUAUGGCUAAUAUCCAACCUCAGAUGCUCGUUGCUGGAGCAACCAGCAUUGCUCGACGAGCCAAUAGGAUCCUGUUAGUAGCCAAACGGGAGGUGGAAAACUCAGAAGAUCCCAAAUUCCGGGAGGCUGUGAAGGCUGCUUCUGAUGAACUGAGCAAAACCAUUUCUCCCAUGGUGAUGGAUGCAAAAGCUGUAGCUGGAAACAUUUCUGAUCCUGGCCUGCAGAAAAGCUUCCUGGAUUCAGGAUAUCGGAUUCUGGGAGCUGUGGCCAAGGUCAGAGAAGCCUUCCAGCCUCAGGAGCCGGACUUCCCUCCGCCUCCCCCAGAUCUUGAGCAGCUCCGGCUGACAGAUGAGCUUGCUCCUCCCAAACCUCCUCUGCCUGAGGGUGAGGUUCCACCACCCAGGCCCCCUCCACCAGAGGAAAAGGAUGAAGAGUUUCCUGAGCAGAAGGCCGGGGAGGUGAUUAACCAGCCAAUGAUGAUGGCUGCCAGGCAACUCCAUGAUGAAGCUCGAAAAUGGUCCAGCAAGCCGGGUAAAGAAGCCUCGGAGAAAGGUGUAGAUGUAGCUGAGGCAGCUGUUGCUGAUGAGGUUGGGUUUCCUCUCCCCUCUGACAAUGAAGAUGAUUAUGAGCCUGAGCUGCUGUUAAUGCCGACCAAUCAGCCGGUUAACCAGCCCAUUCUGGCCGCUGCUCAGUCUUUACAUCGAGAAGCAACCAAGUGGUCUAGUAAGGGCAAUGACAUCAUUGCAGCAGCCAAGCGGAUGGCCUUGCUGAUGGCCGAGAUGUCCCGGCUGGUGAGAGGCGGCAGCGGCACCAAGCGGGCGCUGAUCCAGUGCGCGAAGGACAUUGCCAAGGCCUCGGAUGAGGUGACGCGGCUGGCCAAGGAGGUGGCGAAGCAGUGCACCGACAAGCGGAUCCGAACCAAUCUCUUACAGGUGUGUGAGAGAAUUCCAACCAUCAGCACCCAGCUCAAAAUCCUGUCCACCGUCAAAGCCACCAUGCUGGGCCGAACUAACAUCAGCGAUGAGGAGUCGGAGCAGGCCACAGAAAUGCUGGUUCACAACGCCCAGAAUCUGAUGCAGUCUGUAAAGGAGACUGUCAGAGAAGCGGAAGCAGCUUCAAUUAAGAUUCGAACAGAUGCUGGUUUCACUUUGCGCUGGGUUCGAAAAACUCCCUGGUACCAGUAGCUCCAAGCGCAGCUGCCACCCCUCCCAGCUCUCCUCCCACCCCAGGACCCCUACCGCUGGCUCACAGACUCCUCUAAGCAGGAACAACUGUGGCCUGAGGCCCUGGCUGCUUACAGGGGUUGAGGGUCACAUCCCAGCCUGUUUCUUCCAGAAAGGGCUUGGUAUUUGCAUUUGGUCUUUCCAUGGUAGAACAUGUUGAUAUAUUCUCCUUUGCUUUGGGAGUCUGUAUGUAAUGUCUCUCCCUAGAAAAAGUCUGUAUUCUCUGCUCAAAUAUCCUCAUGCACUCUCCUCCCUAUAACUAGUAGAACUUUGGCUCAUGGACUUUAUUUACAUAAGCUCAGAAUUCAUGUAUGGAACACUACCCUUGCAUCCUGCCUGGACAGUCUCUGGAUAGAAACCUUCCCCUAACUGUCCCCCCCACCCCUGUACCUCACUCACUUGCUCUCCCCUCUGAGUGGGGGGCUGAGCAGGCUGCCCCCAAGAAGGAAGUCGUCUCUCUGCCUCCGACAAUGUGUUUGCUGCUCUGUACACUGCUGGUGACCAUUUUCUGCCCUAAAGGUGCUCUUGUUCUGCCUUCUGCAGGGCUCCAGGCCCCUCGGGAUGUGGGCUUGCUCUGCUGCAGGAGGGAAAGCUGGGCCCCUGCAGUGCCCCAGGUGGAUGGCCUUAUUAUCAUUACCUUCUUCCUCCACCUUUCCUUGGCUAGUUUCCAAAAGCACAAACCUGAAGAUUUCUUUUUCUUCUAAGUAAAUCAUUGAAUCACAUGUGAUGGUAUGAAUCAUAUUCUUAAGUGACCCAGCUCUCCAGGGAAGCCCUUGGAGCCCACAGGGCUCUUGCCUGCCCGCUCACUUGCUUGGGUAGGGUUUCCCCAACUAAACACUGUGUGUCCUGGUGCGCCUGUCUCUGCUGUUUUGGGAGCAGAGUGGCCAGGCGUCAUCCAGUGGGGCCAUCCCCAGACAGUGCAUGCUUUGUCACGUGCCCCCCGGAGGACUUUGCUGAGGCCUUAAUGAAAUGCUGCAUUUGAGUGCUUGCCCUGAUCGUAUUCCCUCCACUAAUUUUUCUCCCUCUUUGAUGGAUCUGGAGGAUAUUUAGGUGCUUCUUUGUUUCUGGAACUUUGAAAUAUCCUUCUUUUCUAACUCAGCUCCAGUCUGACAGUUGUCAUUUGCCUCAGUACUAAAGGAGGGCCAUCUCUUGGUGGGGCAUCUCCGGCUUGAGGAGAGAUGAACCCACAGACUCGAGAGUUUUCUGGUCUGGUAGUAAAGGAGGCUGACCACAAAUUAUCAAGGCGAGUCUCAGACAUUUAAAUUACUGCUCUGACUAAACCUGAAAUAAGUCUUCAAGAGGUGCCUUCAGUGCAGGGCAGAGAAGAUAGCAAGAGUGAGUGUGUGGAUGAAGAGUCAGCCUCUUCUCCCUCCCCACCUUGCUCUGUGGUUUGAAGGAAGGAGCUAAGUGGGUAACAUUUCAUUUAUUACUCAUGUGAUUUGUUUGCUGGGAUCCCUGCUGAGUACUCGAAACACCUGUCUGGUACAUGAGAGAAAAUCUGAUGGUGAAAAGGACUGACUGAGAGCUUUAAUCCUUGGUUUUUCUUCACUUGGGUUGGAUCCAAUAUUGAAUGUGUAAAAUCAGUCUUAUGUGAGUCCUGUACAUUUAGACUUCCUCUUUUUGCUUUUUAACUAAUGGUGAAUGUUCUUGAGGUCCUAAGAGUACUUAGUAUUCUUAGCACAGUGCCUGGCACAUAGUAGGCGCUUAAUAAAUGUUUAUUGAUUGAUCGAUUGAUUGAUAAUAAUAGAAUCUUAAAAGUCGAGACCUCAAGUCAUUUAUCUAGUUCAUUUCCAUAAUUUCUUUAGUUCCUUAUGUGAUAUAAAUGCAAUAUUAAUGCCUUUAAAAAUGAAUCUAUGCCAAAGAUCACCUUUUGUUUUUAUUAAAGAUUGCUUAAAGAAAAUAGGAGAAAUCAUGUUUGCCAUUUCAGUUGCAGGGUUCUAGCUACACUGCAAUACACUUUAUGCCGGUUGGGGUUUUCUCACCACCAGUGUUCCACAUUUGGUAACUUAAGAUUCAAAAACAUCCCCUGAACAUUGGUUAAAAAUGUUACCACUAAAAUGACUGUUUAUAAAGUAGGAUUUGUUAUAUGCAAAUAUUUUCUGCCACCUCUUUUGUUCUCUUAAAAAAUAAAUAAAAUGCAUUUGUAUAAAUAACUGA